AUGGUUAUACUUGAACGACGUAAUAUCCUACCAGAACAUCAAGCUGGUGUUCGACCUCGAAAAAGCACCUUAAACAAUAUCAUAAGGUUAACAAAAUAUGUACAAAAUCAUCUGCAUUCAACUGGUCGUCGACGUCAUCCAGCUGUUAUAUUAUUCGAUAUAAAAGCUGCCUUUGACUCUGUCUGUCACGAUGGGCCAAUGUAUAAAUUAAAUGAAUUACGUUUACCACAAUACUUAACAAAUUACUUUAUUUCUUUUGUACAAAAUAGAACUGCUGCAAUCGAAAUUGAAAACACACUAUCCAGACCAUUUAACCUUAAUAGCGGUACUCAACAAGGAUCUCCAUUACCACCAUUACUUUAUAUUAUAUACACGGCAGAUUCCACGAAUGAAAUACCGGAACACACGGAACAUGGUCUAUUUGCCGACGACACUGCUCUAUGUAGUUCUUUCUGUUCUAGAUUUAUAUAUAAUUAG